GCUGCUGGCCUGGGAAGCCGGGGCGGAGCAGAUGGAGGAGUACCUGAAGCGGGAGCACUCGCUUACUAUGCCUUACCAGGGUGUGGGAUCCGGCAGCUCAUCACUGUGGGAACUUGCAGGCAAUGCGAUGGUGAUGACUCAGUUUGUUCGCCUCACUCCAGAUAUCCAAAGCAAGCAGGGCGCUGUCUGGAAUAGAGUGCCUUGUUACUUGAGAGACUGGGAGAUGCAGGUGCAUUUCAAAAUCCACGGGCAAGGGAAAAAAAACCUCAAUGGAGAUGGCUUUGCCAUCUGGUACGCCAAGGAUCGAAUGCAGCCAGGUCCUGCUCGACAUUGAUGGAAAGCAUGAAUGGAAAGAUUGCAUUGACAUUCCCGGAGUCCACUUACCCCGUGGAUACUUUUUCGGAAUCUCUUCCGCCACAGGAGACUUGUCAGACAAUCAUGACAUCAUCUCUCUAAAGACAUACCAGCUGACAGUUGACCGGACGAUGGAAGAAGAGAAACGUGACAAAGAAGUCUUCCUUCCUGUGGUGGACAACAUGAAACUCCCUGGGAUGGUGAUGCCGAUGGAGCCCAUGAGUGGCCUUGCUCUCUUCUUGAUCGUCUUCUUUUCGCUGGUGGCCAUCGUCUUCGCCAUUGUCGUCGGCGUGAUUGUUUACAACAAGUGGCAAGAACAGAGCCGGAAACAUUUCUACUGACCCACGGGGUCUCCUCUUGGGAUUCUUCCCAUCGUCCUGGCUUUCUGGACCGCCAUCGGAUUUCAUCAGCAAGUGGGGGGCAGGGGGGAGAUCAUGGAAACAGGCAGCUCAACUCGGGAAGCCAUGUCCGCGGAGCUCCUGGCUCCUAAACCUAACAAGAGGGCUCACAUUUGGACCGGUGGUCUCCUUGUGGUGGUGAGCCACCGUUCUCUCUGCUCUUUCCUUUGCCUUCCUUGAACAAAGUUCUCAGCACUGGCUUUCGGUGGGACGUUGGACGGGCGUUGUCAGCCUCCCACCACAAGGAUGUAGCACAUAGUGGGCCUUCUGUUGACUCUUGUUGGGGAGGCGGACGGGACGCAUUUAAUGAAGAGAUUUGGAGCUGCCAUCUUCGUCUCCUCUAGCGGAGGAGGUCGUUGGAAGAUGGGAAACUCUGAUUUGGGGAAAUGUCAAGGUAGCAGGGACAAGGAAAUUGGGAUAUGGUCAUCGGCAGUAUCAAACUGAAUGGUUUUUUGGGAUGCCUUAAGUAGCAUAAUACUGCCUGGGGGACAAAGGCAGAGAUCCUUGUAGCUUAAAGAAAAACCUCAUUUUGUGCAGCCUUGCAACCCACUUUAUUUUCUUCUGUUCUUUAGAGAUCAGGUAAGCAUCACAGUGAAACCACUACCUUGCUGAACCUACCAAUGUGAAUCUCUUUGCUCCUUAAGCACAAUUCUGUCCUCCUUCUCCAUUUCUUCCUUCUUCUGCUUCUCCCUUUUCCCCCCUUCUCCUUCCCUCUCUGC